AUGCAGCAGGUCUUACCAUUUACAGCGCCGCCCCGGCCGACAGAAGGGCGGCCGGGCGGCGCCCGAAAACAGCGCAGUCUUUGUAUCUCCGCGAGGCGCGGCGGGCCAGAAGAGCCCUCCAACGCGCCUCCUCCCCGCCCGCACCCCGAGGCCGCCUCGGCCUUCGGGUUCGGACCGCCGUCGCGGAGCAGCCCGCCGAACCACGUGCUCGUUGUCUUACUCGUUGUCUUCGGGUGGACCCCAACAGGUGGCUCGGGUCGGCGGGACUUGCGAGUGGGCAGGUCCGGGUCGGGCGGGCGGGCCCUGACUGGCGGGUCGAGCGGCCCCGGUCUUGCUGGGGCACGCCUGCAGAACACCCUGGCGAGCCAGGGGUUGGCGGCGGGCGGCGCAGCUGUUUGCAAGUGA